AUGAGGAAGACGCCGAUCUUCGUUCUGAAGAGUGGAAGAGUGAUGACUGAAGAAAGAGUCAUCGUCAACGGCCAACGCACAGCAUCCAUGGAUCGUGCUUUAACUUCCCGUUUUGAAAUCCCGUCUACUUUCGAAAACCGCCGUAGGAGUUCUCUGGCCACCAUCACUCGACGACGAUUCGCGCCGGCGAUUGUUUCCGCGAAACGAUCCCCAGUCGAUGGAGUGAGCGAUGAGCUGAAUCUGAUCGCCUCUCAGGAGUUGGAUCAAGCUCCCGCACGAAGACGAGCCCGUUCCGCUUUCGUUGAAUUGCAGCAGCAAAUUGAUCACUGCUUGUUCAAGAAAGCUCCGAUUGGGAUCAGAUCAGAGGAGUGGUAUGAGAGGAAUUCGAAAGGGGACGAAAUCUUCUGCAAAAGUUGGUUGCCGGAAGCCGGAGUUGAAAUUAAAGCUGCAGUGUGUUUCUGUCAUGGCUAUGGCAGCACUUGCACUUUCUUCUUCGAUGGCAUAGCAAAGCAAAUAGCAGGCUAUGGUUAUGGUGUUUAUGCGAUAGACCAUCCUGGUUUUGGCCUCUCAGAUGGUUUACAUGGUCACAUCCCAAGUUUUGAUGACUUGGCUGAUAAUGCUAUUGAACAGUUCACCAAAAUGAAAGGGAGACCUGAAUUGAGAAAUGUGCCCCGGUUCCUAUUCGGACAGUCGAUGGGAGGAGCUAUUGCAUUGAAAAUUCAUCUGAAAGAGCCUCGUGCUUGGGAUGGUCUCAUCCUUGUGGCUCCAAUGUGUAAGAUUUCAGAAGAUGUAAAACCUCCUAAGCUAGUCUUGAAUGCGUUAAUCUUGAUGUCAACGCUGUUUCCAAAAGCAAAGCUGUUUCCAAAGAAAGACUUGAGCGAGCUUUUCUUCAGAGACCCGAGUAAAAGAAAACUGUGCGACUAUGAUGUGAUAUGCUACGAUGACCAAACGCGUCUGAAAACCGCUGUUGAGCUUCUAAAUGCGACAAGAGACAUUGAGAUGCAAGUUGAUAAGGUCUCGUUGCCAUUGUUGAUAUUACAUGGAGCCGCAGAUAGAGUCACAGAUCCAACCGUGAGCAAAUUCCUUCACGAGCAAGCAAUCAGCCAAGACAAAACCCUAAAACUGUACCCAGGUGGCUACCAUUGCAUUCUAGAAGAUUUCUUCUCCGUUAGGAAAUCUCCCAAGUUUUUUCACUCUGUGAACCCUAAUUUUCCGAUGUCGAUCUUCGAGUACAAUGGAAGUGCCGUCGUGGCUAUGGUGGGGAAGAACUGCUUCGCUAUAGCAAGUGAUCGGAGGCUUGGUGUGCAGCUACAGACCAUCGCUACAGAUUUUCAGAGAAUCUCCAAGAUCCACGAUCAUCUCUUCAUCGGUCUUUCUGGUCUCGCCACCGACGUCCAGACACUAUUUGGUCCAUACUUGUGCCAACCUGUAAUUGCUGGAUUGGGAGAAGAUAACAAACCUUUCAUUUGCACAAUGGAUUCGAUUGGAGCCAAGAAUUCUAUUGUAAAUCUAGAUUUGCUGGGAAGUGGGAAAAGUUGUGUGCAUAAUGAUGCUGUUCAUAGACGAUGGAAUAUCUUCCUUAGGCUUAGGAAUGAGGAAGCUGAGGAACUGUUUGAGACAAUUUCACAAGCACUUCUCUCGUCAGUUGACCGCGAUUGUCUGAGUGGAUGGGGAGGACAUGUCUACGUUGUAACACCAAAUGAAGUCAAGGAGAGAAUCCUCAAGGGAAGGAUGGAUUGAUCUGAAAAAUCACAUAUCUGCUUACGUGCAAGUUCGAUUGACCCGUUUAAUCCAGUUUAAGUAGCAGAACCCUCUCGAUCCCAUAGUAACUGUUCCUUCUCUCAGACUGGAUAUUGUUAAGUUCCUCUAUUUUCACAGAAAAUGAAGAAAAGCACUUGUUGUUGUCUUGUUCCAAUACUCCAACCGUAUCAAAUGAUGCACCCUUAUGUUUCUGGUUUAAUUUCGUACCGAAUAAUUGUCUUUAUAUUUGUCGUUAACGAUGAUGAUGAUGAUCAUGAUGAGUAAUGAUAUGUCACAUCGUGAAUGAUUUGCGUGUCCUGCUCUUUGCGUACUAUAUAUGCUGG